UAAUAAUAUGCUCUAGACUAGAGGAAAAUCGCAAGUGAAUACCUAUAAGGAUUUUUCCAUCUGGCAACAAUGGGUAGCAAUGCAAUGGUAGGUAUAUUAUCUCACAUUAGUCAUAAUCAGAAUCAGUAUGAAAACGAGAAUUGUUCGUUAAGCUAAUGGAAAAUACGAACAAUAAACUUAGUUUUCUCGGUGCUUCCUGAGCAGUGCAAAAUGGGAAUUUGUUGUUCUAGUUAUUGUACCGAAAGAGGAAGUUUCAUCGACGAUACAAAUUCUUUUAGUUCUAGUGCUCCAGUUUUACCGGUAGUUUCAGAAACUACAAGAUUUUAUGAAGAGUAUCAAGAAAAUUUGAGAAAAACGCGACUGAAUUCAUGGUCUACCACUAGAAAGAGUGACCAGAGCAAUUUUGUAUUGCCUAACAACUUAAAUAGAGCUCCACAAACGUUAAUAAACCAACCAAUGACUACACCAGGAGCUACAUCAACAAGAAAUCUGGAUACAAAUUUUAACACAAGUAACUUAGAAGUAUCUUCAUUGAACAAAACAGAGAAUCUGAUAUCAUAUAAUGAAAAUAAUUUACAAAUCAAGUCCGACAACUGGCAACUAUGGGAAUGGAAACAAGAACCUCAAACAUUGUUUGAAAUAGAAAAUCUAGAGAUAUCGGAAAAAGAUGAACAAACCGAUUUUUCUCAAACCCCAAACGGUCCAAAACUAUUUGAAAAUGAAAAUCUGCAACCAGAAACAAAAAAGCGAAAGCAAACCUUUUUAGAGCCCUUAGACAGUCCGAAACUAUUUGAAAUAGAAAAUAUAGAGACAUCGGAAAAAGAUGAACAACCAAAUUUCUCUCAAACCCCAAACAGUCCAGAAUUAUUUGAAAAUAAAAAUCCGGAAACAGAAACAAAACAUCAAGAACAAACCUUCCUUAAGCCCUCAGACAGUCCGAAAUUAUUUGAAAUAGAAAAUAUAGAGGCAGAUACAAACAAGGAAAAACAAACACGCUUCCUCGAAGGGUUAAUAAAUAGUCCAAGAUCAGAAUCAAUUGAAAGUGAAAAUCUUGAGUCCGAAACGACUGAGCUAAAACAAACUGAUUUCAUUGAGCGUUUAACCAAACAAAAAGUUGUGAGAAAUUUAGAAUUAAUCAAUGAUUUGAGAGCCGCAUUUAAUCUAAAUCAUUUGGAAACGUUUCCAGAGAACCCGUACCAAGAAGAACAAUUAGAUGCAAUAAAAUACAUUGAAGUGGCGAAUAUUUUUACAAUGACCAAUAAACCAUAUUUUACCAUCACAAAAAUAACCGCGAUAAAUAAUAUUUUUCUUGAAUUGCACUUCAAGUUGAACACGGAGAUUUACAAGAAAAGAAAUCCAGAAUUAUUAGUAAACGAUAAAUUUUUAUUCCAUGGAACAAAACUGGAAUUUUUAAAAAGGAUUUGUACAUACAAUUUUGACAGAGCCAAAGUUUGUACCCAUAAAUUCGGUCAUGGAGUAUCAUUCGCUGUACAGUCUUCUUAUGCCACUCACUACCACCACGAUAAUAAGCGUAAAUAUGAAAAAGUGAUGAUUAUUGCAAAAGCCCUUCUAGAGGAAACGUUGCCGCUCGGAACUCUCAAUACCGUCGUACCGCCAGAACCUUUCUACACGUCUAGAAAUAUAGAUGCGUCUGUUAUUGUGAAGUACGAUGAUGCUUCGUUCUACCCUUUGUAUAUUGUUUAUUAUUCAGGUCUGCAUCCGAAAAAAAAUUAUCCGCACAAGCGACCUUGUAGAUUUUAUUGAUUAAUGAUUUUUUGUCAUAUGCCCUAUAUACCUAUAUCACCUAAUUCAAAACAGCCCUAGAGUUGUUUUCACUCUAUGACAUUGAUAAAUGCUCGAAAAUUGUAUAACAACUUUCUCAAGCUUGUCGCUUGUAAGAAACAAGCUUUCGAAAUUUGUUAUAAAUUUUUUUCGAACAAUUAUCAAUGUCCUUAGGUUAUGACACAUUGUUUCAAAUUGUUUUCAGUCAAAUCAUGCUAUGACGCUAGUAAUAAAAAAAAAAACACAAUGUCUUACAACAGUAUUAUUAUUCGUUGACAUUUAUGUUUAUAAUUAUUUAAGAUAUUUACGGACGGGUAUUUUUUUUGGGAAUUUUAAGUAAUAAUCAAGAAAAAAAAAUUGUUUGACGUAUUCAUUUGACGGAUGAUUUUGGAAUAUUUUAUAUUUUAUUGUUUUUAAACCCAUACUGUAUUAUUUCAUCAUAUGUUUUUUGAGUUACAAUAAAAAUGAAAUUUUA